AUGAAGCCGAGCCGGACACCCUGUCGCCCGCCCCUCACCGACCUCCCCCCCCCGCCCGCCUCGAGACUCCCCUCCAGCUGGACCCGCAAACUGGGCCUCCGUCCUGGCUUUGCGUCACGUUCCCAGGUCUCCCCUCGCACCUGGGGGGGUCGCCCCAUGCAGCCCCUUGGGUGGAAUUCGGGAUGUAAGUCUUCCGUUAGGGGAAAGGGUGAUAGGGGCACGGAGGGCAACCUGUCAACCUUGCUGACCUUCCUGCCCCCGCCCGAAGUGGUGCAGAGGUCCCUGCCCGCCAGGACGGAGAGGGUCACCGGGCAGCCCCCCAAUGCUGCCUCGCUCUCCCCACCCCCAGGGUCCCCGGAAAAGCAGCAGGGACCAGUCCUCACAGGGCCCCUGCACUCGACAGGGGACAGUGGUCCUACUGACCGGGCUGAGCUGGGAGCGGGGCUGCUCAGGACCUGCGCCCCUGCCCCAGAGGUGCGGCCCACCACCUGCUGCGGGCCCCCAAAGCAGAGGGAGCGGGUGAGACAGAGGAAGCAUCCCCGCCCCAGCCUGCUGCAGCCGGCUCCAGGGGCGAAGGCAGGUCCCCGUCACGGGCCCACCCAGACCCUCUGGCGAAGAGCCCAGGAGGGGACCGUUUCCAGCUACCCAGGUGGUCCCAGUGAGUCCAAGCCUCCAGCCGCAGACGUCGGGAAAGAACACCCAGCCUCCAAAGCCAGCAGCAGCGCCCAGAACACGGCGGGAGCCCAGAGACAGCCCCCGAGAGCUGAGCCCCCAAGGGAAGGGCGCACAGGCAGCUGA